AUGGGAAAGUAUACAGAACACACUACAGCUCAUUACGUCAUGUCCUUCAGAUGGAAAGCUGUUUAUUCGAUUUCCAUCACCAAGUGGUUUUCCUCUAUUGUCAAAACAUCUGCCGUUCCUCUUCUAAAACAGAUGGCUAGGAAACCGCGGAGGAUGACGGCAUCACCUCAUUGGGUUUCUUGUUGCCAUUGGCUCGUGCCAUCAUUGGUCAUCCUUAUCUAA